UAAUUAUAAAAAUAUUUUGUAUUUGUCUUCACUCCUCAUCUUUAUGAUGUAAUUAAAUAAUUUAUGUAUGAAAAAUACAUGUUAAGUAUAUACCAUUUUAACUUUUACACAUUUCAUACAUUAAGUAUGACAAAGAAGCAAUAUACAAAGGCGGUCUCUCCCUUGAUUAGGGUUUGGGUUUUUCUGCCGACUUCGGUGCGGCGGCGAGGGCUUGUAGCAACGCAACAACAACUCAGGUGAAGCGACGAGGCUUGAGAGUAGGGCGGCAGAAUCUGAGUCGUAGCAGCGAGGGUCCACAUACAAGCAGCAGCAUCUCAUGCGUAGCGGCAUCACGAUGCGAGCUGAGGUUCCAUGGACAACCACAAUCAGGUCAUGAACAGGGACGAACACGAACGGAUUAAUGGGGAGGAAAGGCUGGUGGACAGCCUGGAGUGAAGUACAACGGCAUGGGUUUUGGUGCAGAUUCGGAUGACUUGGGGAUUGAUGACGAAGACUGGGGCGUAGCUAGAAUUGAAGAUUGGGCUGGGCCGGUACAAAGAAUUUUUCAGAUAAUUUUUUUUCACAUAAAUUUUUAGACUAAAAAUACAAAGAAUUUUCAAAUUUGGAGCGGGCCGUGGCCCGGUUGGCCACCCCUCUAGCUCCGCCCCUGGACGAAGAGGUGGUCGAGUCGGAGGAAAACCAGUUUGUUGCGUCAACAAUCAUAGUGAUGGUCCGUCCUCCACCUGAACCACCGCCAAGGGUUGAACGAGGUGCUAGGUUUCAAGAAAUUUAUUUUGCUUGUUUUGUUUUCUUCAUGUUUUGUUUUUAUUUGGAGUGUUAUGUCUUUUGUUUUACUUUCCUUUUAUGCUGUAAGACUUUUGCACUUAGAUUGGGGGAUGAGAGGUCUGCGGUAAUCGUCGUUGAUUUAAUUAUGUCCAAGUUAGGAUCAACGAGUUAUAUUGCUUUGUUAAAGGUAAUUAACUCUGAUCGAGUCUGCUCCAAGGACGGAUGGUUACAUGCGGUUCUUUUGUUAUUUCAAACCCUAUCUAAUGAUAUUUCAUUAAUGUAAG